AAACCAAAAAAAAAGAAAGAGAGAAAGGAUUAUUGAGGAAGAAGAUAUUAUGUCAAAGAUUAACAUUCUUAUCGUUGCAGCAGUUUUACUUAGCUCCGUGGUUCUUGCUUCAGUGGCUCGUCCGGACUCGACUCUCCAGAGCAAAUCAACGGAGAUAGAGAAGAACUGUGAAACCGAUGAGUGUUUGAUGAAAACGACAUCGGAUGCUCACCUCGAUUACAUCUAUACCCAAAAUCCUCCUCCGCGUGCACCUAAAGAGAUGGAGACGAAGUGCGAAACAGAAGAAUGUUUGAUGAAAACGACGUCGGAUGCUCACCUUGAUUACAUCUACACCCAAACACAUCCUCCAAAACCGCAUGCAUUUAAAGUUAAUCCCUGAUUAUAUUCAAUCAGCAUUCCAUAUUUAAUGUUGUGAAAUCCUUCUUUAGGAAUGUUCUAAUUACCAAUAAAGAC